UUUUUUUUUUUUUUUUUAGUUCGUUCGUUUACGUAUAUAUAUUCUCUCUCUCUCUCUCUCUUGCACACCCUCAAAACUCAUGAAUGAAGAAGUCAUAUCAUGCAAUGUGCAAUUCCAUUCCAAACACACACACACACACACACACACACACAAAAAAAGUGUUCAAUUUCAUUCCAUCCAAUUCAUUCAGUCUGUUAGUAAUAAUCAUUUCGUUUGGAUGUACAAUUUUCAUUGUGUGGAAUCUUUAAUUUUUUUUUCUGCAAAAUCGAAAAAUUAUUUCGUGUAUGAUGACGGAUUUUUUUUUGUCCAUAUCUCUCGUGUUCAAUUUUGUGUUCAAUGUUGUUGUGUAUUUUUUUUUUUUAUUAAAAUACGAAAAUAAAAUUAUUUGACGUGUGCGCACACGCAUUACAAUCGUAUUUUAUUUAUCCAUCAUUCAUUCAAUAUUUAAUAUUAUAUUCGUGUUUAAUGUGAACAUAAAAAAUUUAAAUUUUUUUUAAAUUUGUUGAAAAACAACAACAAUCCAAUUAUAUAAUUCGAAUCAACAACACUAACGCACGCAAGAAAAAAAAAGAAAAAAAAUGUUUAAACAACAGGAUAUAUAUGGUGGUGGUUAUAUAUAAUCUGAUAUCAUCAUCAUUAUUUCAUCUUAUAAAUCGAUCAUUCCUCGCCAGAAAAAAAACAAACAAAACAAGAAGAAGCAACAGCAAUAAUAUUUACGAAAAAAUUUUCUCAUUUUUUUCCUUGAAAGAAAAAAAAAGAAAAAAAAUGACCCGAUUUAACAAUGAAUUGUCAACGACAACGUCUUCGACGACAACCACAACAACAACAGCCACAGCCACAGCAACAAAAGGCAAGACAACUUGUUCUACUGCUAAUUUUUCAUCAUCAUCAUCAUCAUCAUCAUCAUCACCAUUAAUGGUCGAUAUCGAUAAUAAUGAAAAAAAACCAAUGGUGAAACUAAUUGGCCAACCAUGUGGUCAUCAUGGUUCAUAUACAUUUUAUAAAGCAUUCAGUUAUCGUUAUCGUUCUGAUGAUCAACAUGAACGUGUUCUUAUGUUGGGUGAAUUUUUUUUCAUACGUAUAUCACCAUCGGAUGAUCCUUGUAUUGGUGAAUUACAAUUAGUUUGGGAUGAUCAUCAAAAUGAUCAACAAUUAUCAUCAACCCGGUUAUAUUUUCUACCGGAACAAACACCGGAUGGCCGUUUAUCACAUCAUGGACAGCACGAAGUAAUGGCUGCAAAUGAUAAAGUUAUAUUGAAAUUAACCGAUCUUGUUACAUGGAUAACACAUGAUGUGGAUUGGAUUGCCGGUUCACCAUACAAAUGGAAGCCAUCGAUACAACAACAACAACAGCAACAUGAUAAUGAACCAUCAACAAAAACCAAACAAAUAUUAUCACCAUUAGCAUUUAUUCAUAAUCAAAAUGUGAUACAACGUACAAAUGAAUCAUCACCAUUUCUAACAUUACAACGUUAUAUAUCAAGUUCAUGUAAAAUAAUUUUCAAUAAACGAAAUAUGAAUAUGAAUGAAUAUAAUAUCGAUACAAAAUCAUCAUCAUCAUCAUUAAGUAAAGCAAAUGAACAUCAAAAUGAUCUUUCAACAGUGGUGGUAUUAUCAUAUAAUCGUUAUUGUCGUUAUCGUAAUCUAUUGAAACGUAUAGAAGGCAGAGAAGAAGAGGAAUUGUUUGGCCACUAUAUUGUACAGAAUUUAUUAACCGAAUUGGGCAUUCCACAACAACGAAAUAAAUGUGUUCAUAUAUUAUUCUGUCGUGAUACAUUCAAUAAUGAAGCUUUAUUGAAUAAUGAUCUCAAUUGUGACCAUCUAGCUCCUAAAUUCAAAGGUCGUCCAAAGAAACGUAAACACAAAAUUGUUCAACGACCAUCAUCACCUGAAUCGAUUAGCAGUUCAGAAGAAAAUGGACAACGAUCAUUUCUACCAAGACGUACUAGACUUGAUCUAUACCUCUUUUUUACACAAGCACAAAAAUAUGGUGGAUAUGAAAAGAUAACUAAACAACGUUUAUGGAAAAAACUUUAUGAUGAUCUUGGUGGUGAUAAACGUAGCACCAGUGCUGCAACAUGUACACGUAGACAUUAUGAAAAAUUAUUAUUACCGUUUGAACGGCAAUUGAAUGGCCUUCCCGAUUAUCAUCAUUUAUCGAAACAACAAUGA